CGGAGAUCGCUGUCCACAACGCGCUCUGACUUGCAAUUUGGCGAAUUGACCGCUGCCUGCAACACUCUUUUGUUAAGAUAGGAUAUCGGGACAGCUCUCGUGCAAUUCGUCUAGAAUCCGCAACACUUCCUGUGGACCUGCAUCGCUGUGCACGAUGGCGCUCUUAAAUCGACAAGUGAUGUCAAGUCGUAGGUUCACAACUGUUGCGCCGGGUUCGCUGCCGGUCCAGCGGACGCGCCGGGUACCAUGUAGAGUCCUCAGCGAACGACAGUCACUCGCCCCGUCUGAGCUUAGCCUAUCUGAUACUGACACCGAUGACUCGAAGCCAUCGACGAGCGUCCGGACUGGAAGCCUGGAGGAGGUUUCUCGCGUGCUCUUCAACACGGGGCAUUUGGAGGACUUGUCGCGCCGCCCAGAGCUCGCGCUCUACCUUCCCUUCGGGUUUGCUCUGGCCGCAAUUCGCUCAGCGCUGUGGAUUGCGGGAAUCGCGCUGGACGCGCCAUGGUUCCGCAACCAGGCCGUUGUGGACGGCUACCUAAAGCUGCUGGGAGUCUCCGUCACCUGGGUCAACCCGGAACGCAUCCCCGCGGGUCGGCACCUGCUGGUGUCCAACCACUGCACCGUGGGCGACCUCAUGGUACUCUUCUCCCACCCCGCCCUGCCGCGCCGCUACACGCACCUCAUCACCUCGGCGCUGCCGCCGCGCGUGACCGCCUGCAAGCACCUGCCCGUGCUGCUGCGGCCGGCCUCGCCAGCCAUGUACGACCAGUUGGCUGCCGCCGCGGCUGCUGACGAGGACGCCGCCCCGGUGCACCUGUUCCCGGAGGGCGGCAUGACUAACGGCCGCGGCAUGCUGCGCUUCUCGCGCGGUUUCACACGCAUCAUGAACAUGGGCGGUGGCGGCAGUAGCAGCAGCGGGAGUGGGGCAAGGAGCGGCGGCAGUAGCAGCAUCGAGGGCGGCAGUAGCUGCGUCAGCAGCGUGGAGGGCGGCGGGCGCCACCAGCAGCCGUCACACGGGCUGUCACACGAGCAGCAGCAGCACCAGCACCAGCACCAGCAGUCACACGCGGCGACAGCGCACCAGCGGGCGCACACGACCACUUCCAACCACCACCACACGUCCAGCACCACCACCAGCCACGACGGCGCCGCGACAUCCAUCAAGCUUGCACCCGGCACCGGCGCCACACCCACCAGCAGCAACGGAAUCAGCAGCACCAGCACCACUAGCACCACUAGCACCACCAGCACCGCCACCGCCACGGCCACCGCGUCGUUGCUGCCGGUGGUGCCUGUGGCCCUGCGCGCUCGCACCAUGGCCGGCGUGAACACGCACACGCUCACCAGCAGCUUCCUGGCCAAUCUGUUCUGGAUGGGCUUCAGCCCCGCCACGCAGCUGCACGCCACCGUGCUGCCGCCCAUGACGCCGGCGGCCGGGGAGAGCCGCGCCGCCUUUGUGGCCCGGGUGCAGGAGGCCAUUGCUGUGGAGCUGGGGGUGGAUGUGUACGACCUCACCAUCCAGCAGAAGAGGCAGCUGGCGGCACAACGAGGCGGGGCGAGGUAGGCAGCGCGCCACGGAGCGGCGAGGCGAGGCGAGGAGCGGGAUGAAGCGGAGUGGGGAGCUGUGUAACGGCGGCGGCAGGAGGAGGGAAAGGGCGAGCGGGCGCAGGUGGAAACCCAGGCCUGCAUUGGCGGCUGCAGUGCUGUGUGCAUCGGUAUCGGGUAUCGGAUGCCGGAGCGUGCGCGCGGGUUGUGUCAGCAGAAGCAAUGCCGCAUGCUGUGCACGCGGGGGUUGCGGUGGAGUACCUUUUGCCUCAUGCCAGGAUCUGAUUGUCAGGGUCUCGGGCGUGACGGCGUCUCUGUGGUGAGGAGCUGCGGAGGCGCAGGGCUGUGAGGCCUUGACCAUGGGUGGCGAAGGAGGGGGCAGGUGGGCGCGGGGCGAGGCAAUGGCAGUAGCUGGUCCAGCAGUUGGGGAGCAGGUGCGGACGAGCUCAGAUGUGUGCCCAGGAGGUGAAACUCCAUCAGGCGGCAGGGUCAAGAGUGCCUGUGUGCGUGUGCACGUGCAUGUGCGUGUGCAUGAAUGCGGACGAUACAUGUGUGCAUUGGUGGUGUGUUUAUGUGUGUGUGUGCGCGCGCACUGUCCGUGUGUAAGUCUCACUGGGAAUACGAUGAAUACGGUAACUGUGUCUGGCAGGCUGCGAGGCCAAGCGCAUGGGCGGCAUCGGGCUGCCAACGAAUGUACGGCAUGAAGAGGCGGGGCUGUGAAUGGCGGGGCUGUCAAGCACCGUGUCUGUGGGUCGCUGCACGCGCCGGAUGCCAACGGGGCGGGGCACACGAGAGGCCACACGAACGGGCGGGGCAGGCGGGGAGGCGUGGACACGGUAAGCCCGGUGUGUGGAAAGUUUUGGGCUGCAUGGCUAAGUCGCCUCAUGCUUGAUGAGGGGUUUUGGUGUGAGACGGAGGAGCUGCUGAGGGCCGUAUGAUACCUUGUGUGUAUAUAUAAAUUGCAUGCGUGCAGAUCACUGCUUUGCACCGGAUUUUGCCCAAUCCCCCGGGUGCUUUCAGCUUUAUAAACAUAGUCAUUGUCACAAUAAAGGACAGUGCUUGCUCUCGCGUCCAAUACCCAAUUGUAACACACUAUGUCA